UUACCAUGUUGUCCUCAGUUGCUGUCCCUGGUGGCUGGAGGGAUGUUGUCCUGGGUGACAAUCACUGAGUUGAAUCACUUGACUAACAAUGUCCAUCAAGACAUGGACACAAAAUCUCCUCACAGCCAAGACAGUUCUCUUUCGUGGUGCAGCCUUCACGACCUUCAGUGCUUCUCUCUUCUGGGUGAUCUGUCUAAUGCUCACAAACAAUGCCAGAGAAGACUACUUUGAUAAAGAAGGGGAUGACACAGGCAAAUAUGGUCAGGUUGUCACCAUGGACUAUGAUGUGAAGGGACAGGGCAAGGCUUGAGAAUGUUUGCAAACCCUGAGAAAUCCACAUAAAUGUCCAAGUAGCAUACUUAUUUCACCAGCUGUUAGGCAAAUGCACUUGAGAAUAAGAAAAGGCACAAAACUGCUAGAGAAAAAAAGGAAGAUAUAAAUCCUAUUUCCUUCC